GGUAGUUCACCAGCAGAGGGAGCAGCUCCUCAGGUGAGUGCUGGGUGUGGUAGGCCGCUCGGAGCUCAGAUCAGAGCCUGCCUGUGGACCGACAACAUCUCACGCAUGUUUCUGUACUCUUUUCUGCAAAAAUACAGCUCAACCCUGAACUUUAAGAAGAAAAGUCGUCACGACGUCUGGAGUCAAAGUUCUGCAUCUGAGAGCAAGAAGAGAUUAGAAAUGUUUGACCCGGAUGAAAGGAACCAAACUGAGAAUCAUGGUGGUACAAGAGGCAGAAAGAGGAAGUCAGAGGGUGAACAACACGGCUCUUGCUUAAAGAAGAGAUGUUACCAGUCUCAGAACAGCACAGCUUCUGAUGGCUUCAGAGGCGGUUACGCACAGGCCAAACAUCACCAGAGACGCAGCGAUUAUCCUUCUGCUGGCCGAGCUGAAGAUACGAGACGUAAUCACAAACCUAAACCUGAUUACAACAACAAACAGAGCCAUGGUGGUCAGAAUUACAAACCUAACUGUAAAGUGAAGAAUCAGAGAAAGAAGACAGAAAAAUAUGAGCAGCGCUACAGAAACAGAAGCUAUGACAACAGACACGGGAGACGAGACAGAACAACGCAGGAUCAACCAAGAUUCAUGAGUCAGGACUUUAAGGACCAGAAUGCUUUGCUGGUGGACGGACAGCUAGUGUGUCGACAUUUUCUUUACAAGCGAUGCAUCAAGGAAGACAGUUGUCAGCUGUUACAUAUUCAGGGUUACAACGGUCUGAUCAAAGAACCCUGCAAGUUCUACAUCCAGGGAUGCUGCCAGAACGGAGAGAGCUGUAUAUUCAUGCACAAGUCGUUUCCUUGCAAGUUUUUCCACAGAAGAGGGAAAUGUUUGCAAGAAGAAAACUGCAGGUUUUCUCACGAUCCGCUCGACGACGUCACAGAAAAACUGCUGAACGAGCAUGAAAAAAAGUAUAACGUAGUAAAAGAAGUUAAAGAGGAAGAAGAGAUGAAAGAAGAAGAAGAGACAGAAACAAAGAAGGACCCUGAUCUCCUCACUGAGGCACUCAGACCAAGUUUUUACAGCAGCAUCGACCCGGAGAAGGAAACAAACCCACAUCAGACAGAGGGACCUGCACCGGACUCUGCAGAACCCCACAGCUCUCCAUCAGACCAUCAGAACCACCAGGAGCCGGUCUGUUAUUCAGUGGAAGCCAUGCUUGGACCUCAGCUGUCCAGAACUUUCUCCAGUUUUUCUAAACCUCCUGGAAGUCGAGUAUCUGAUGAAACGGUGAGCUUUUCAAACCAAAGCGAAGCUCCGUACUCUGUGGACGCGGUCCUCAGGUCAUUUAAAUCAGCUUCAGCUGUGGGUUUUUAUAACUCCAGAGUGGUUCCUGASACAACCGGAGGUCCUCAGAACCAGACUCCAUCAGAAAAAUACACAGAGAACUCCUCUCAGGAGAACAUGUUCAAGAGGUUUUUAUCUUCUGGAGGGAACAGGGACGCUGCUUCUGAGGGUCUGAAGGAACAAGCUGCAGAAAGGACAUGUCAGGAGGACAGACUGGAGCUGUGUCCUCCUGUCUCCGAGGCAGAGAGGACAGAAGAGAACAUGAAUCUGCUCACAGGAACGCCAUGUUUUCCUAAACUUCCCUCUGAUGUCAGAUUCUUAUCCAAACCUUCUCCUCCUCCCUCAGCUGUCGGGGAGUUUAAAGACAGAGCUGCUGCUUCUGUUGAACCCGUCGCCACCUCUGCCGACACACGAGGCGCAGUGAACGUCGGCGUUCAUCGUUUCGCAGCCCAACAGCUCGUAGACGUUCUCCACAACUUCAGGAAGAAACAACCGGUCAUUAAACCUGCCUCUUCUCAAGUCGUUAAACCCGCCUCUUUUCAAGUCGUUAAACCCGCCUCUUCUCAAGUCAUUAAACCCGCCUCUUCUCAAGUCAUUAAACCCGCCUCUUCUCAAGUCAUUAAACCCGCCUCUUCUCAAGUCAUUAAACCCGCCUCUUCUCAAGUCGUUAAACCAGCCUCUUCUCAAGUCGACCUGAAGAACCGGAGCAAAGCGUCAGUCGAGCCAAACGAAGGCCAGGAAAGCCCGCCCUCUCACAGCCCGGCUCCUGCUGGUUCUGAGGGUCUCGUCAGACCUGAGCACUCUGCUGCUGGAAAAGAAAAGUCCUCGUCCUUCCUCAGUCUUUUUGCGACGCCUCUCGGGGGUUCUGGUCCAGGUUUUCGGCCUCAAACAUCUCUCGCCUCGACUCGGCUGUCAGCGAAGAAACCUGGACCCAACCCUCAACCCACAACCUCUGGUUCAGAGUCCACCUCAUCCGGGCUCAGAGCUGGACCUCCUGUAAGCUGCCAGAGUCUGAGACGUGAAGAAGCUGUGGUGAAGCAGGCCGUGGCUCCAGUUUCCCAUCGAUCUGACUCCUGCAGCGAGCAGCGUCCCCCUGAGGUUUCACCCCCCAGAGAAACAUCAUCCAACUCUGUUCUGAAAACCCUUUUUCUUCAUCUGAAGCCGUACCAGGAGGACGGAGAACCUCAGGACUUCAUCCACUCAGGAGGUGAAAAGGGGAAGAGGAGCGCCGAGGCACCAGGCAGGUCGAAGGUCACCCGUCCAGGUGCGAGCGGGCCUCAGGUGACGGCGCCUCGUCUCGGGCAGCUGGGAGGUAACGCCUCGGAGGUGAACAGAAACAUGGUGACGCCUCUCAGAGACCUUUUUAAGACUUUAGACGCCACAGUUUUCCACAAACUCUGAAUCCUCCUGCUGCUUCUGGGCUGUGAUCUUUACAAACUGAAGGAAGGUUCUGAAGACCUGAAAUUAACUGGAAACUCGUUUUCUGUCAACCUUGUUCAACUGUUCAACCUUCAAUCUUAAUGUGUAUACUUUUUGUCCAAAUCAAACCUGUUUUAUUCACUUCAAUAAGAUAAUCUAUAUUCUGGGUGUAUUUGUACACCUAAGGUUCAGUGCUUCCCAACCUGUACCUUUAAUGUAUUUAUGUAAUGGUACAGUUAUAGAAAUCAGUUUUUGUGUGUAAAACAAACAAUAGAAACAACUAAACUUGUUAUCUGCAAGAAUUAAAAUGACAAAUCUGCUGCUGAUUAAAAUCUCUUUAACAUAGUUUUUUUUCCUGAUAAAAUAAAUAAUGAAAAUCUCUUAGUUUUCAUUCCAUAUAUCUCAUGUUAUUUUACUUUUCUUGAAUUUGUUUUUCAAAGGAUUUAAAAUAUAUUGCAGCUUUUAAAUCCUGUCAAUAGGUGUCACUUUAACUCAAUAAAGUUGUGUAAAGAAUUAAAA